GUGGUAUGAGCAAAUAGGGCUUGUUUGCGGAAGUAAAUAGAAAACUGAGAACGCACGUUCAGUUCAGCUCAAAAAAAGUUUUACCAAGUUUUAGUGAGGAAAAAGUCUCUCAAUUUUUAAUCCAACAAUGUAUUCAGUCCAAAGUAUGAGACGGUUUGUCUGUGAUCGACUCACUGCGGCUGCUCAAGAAAUAUUGGGAGCCUUUGAAAAUAAAGUAGAAGGUUACGAGGCAGAAAUCGCUCGUCAACGCAGACUGUUGGAUGCCGUUUUGACACCCGAGAUAAAGUUACACCGGACAGAGUUUUCACUGACACCUGUCCAUAAGGUGGAGCAGGAGGACGUUCUCCUGAUUCAGCAACGUUCCAGUUUGGUCCCACAAGAUCCUCCACCGAUUAAAGAAGAACAUGAAGAAAUGUGCAUCAGUCGGGAACGACCACAGCUUUCACAACAACAGGAGACUGAAGCCUCUAAGUUAACUCCAACUUGUGAGGGAAGUGUCCACAGUGGCCAGUCUCAGCCUUUGGUCCCUGACCAAACGGAGAGUGCAUCGAAUAAAGACUCUCAAUCCAGCACCACAAGCAAAAAUGUAUUAUCUGGAUCUGACAGGGAGAGUUCUCCAGCACCAGGCACUGACCACCAACAAGAUCACAUAACUUGUAACCAUGGAAGUGCAACACCGACUAGACUUAUUGAGUCGACACCGAAUAACAAAAGCAAUGACGAGAACACAACAUCAGCUACAAGUACUGAGGAAGCAUCAAAUAGGAAACAUAAGAAAGGGAUGCCAUCAUCAAGUGGAAACAGGGAGCCAAUGCUAAAUAAGAAACAUAAUCAUGAGAACACAACGUUAAUCACAAGUACUGAGACAACACCAGAAAAGAUUGGUGAUGGGAACGCAAAAUCCAAUGGAGGUUCUGAGCCAACACCAAAUAAGAAACCAGAUAGUGGAAAAACAACAUCAGCUAAAAGUACUGAGCCAACACCCCAUAGUAAAGUUAACAAUGAGAGCACAACAUCAAAUGAGCAACCAACAUCAAAAGGAAAUAGUGAGCCGACAAUAAAUAAGAAAAGCGAAGGUGGGAGACCACCCUCAACUGGAAGUGUUGAGCCAACACCCAAUAAGAAGACAUCACCUACAGAUGUUGCACCAACACCCCAUAAGAAAUGUAACGAUAAGACCACAACAUCAACUAGAGGCAGUGAGCCAACACCAACUACGAAAAGCAAAGAUGGGAGACCAACCUCACCUGGAAGUGUUGAGCCAACAUCAAGUAAGAAAAGUAACAAUGAGAAGACAACAUUAGGUAAAAAUACUGAACCAACACCAAAUAGGAAAUGUAACGAUAAGACUACAACAUUAACUAGAGACACAGAGCUAACACCAAAUGAACAAUGUAUUGAUGAGGACAUGACCUUAAAUGAAGAUACUGAGCUAAUACCAAAUGAGGAAUGUGAUGAUGAUGAUGACCCAACAUCAAAGAGAAACUGUGAACCAGCACCAAAUAAGAGAAGCAAAGAUGGGAGACCAACCUCACCUGGAAGUGUUGAGCCAUCACCAAGUAAGAAAUCUAACAAUGAGAAGACAUCAGCUAAAAGAACUGAUCCAACAGCAAAUAGGAAACCCGAUGAUGGGAAAGCAACAUCGACUUCAAGUACUAAACCAGCACCAAAUAAGAGAAGCAAAGAUGGGAAACCAACCUCACCUGGAAGUGUUCAGACAGCACCCAGUAAAAAAAGUAACAAUGAGAAGACAUUAGCUGAAAAUACUGAACCGACACCAAAAAAGAAAUGUAAUGAUAAGACCACAUCGUCAACUAGAGGCACAGAGCUAACACCAAAUGAACAAUGUAAUGAUGAGGACCCAACAUCAAAGGGAAAUAAUGAGCCAAGACCAAAUAAGGAAAGCAAAGAUGGGAGACCAACCUCACCUGGAAGUGUUGAGCCAUCACCAAGUAAGAAAUCUAACAAGACAGCAUCAGCUAAAAGUGCUGAUCCAACGCCAAAUAAGAAAGGUAAUAACAAGACCACAGCGUCAGCCAGAGGCACAGAGUUAACACCAAACAAGAAACCUAACAAUGGAAAAACAAUGUCUACAAGAAGCAUGGAGUCCUCACCACGUAAGAGACAGAACGAUGGGAGCACGACAUUGGCUACAAGUGCUGAAACUGCACCAAAUAAGAAACCUACCGAUGGUAGCACAGCAUCAAAUGGAAGUACUGACCAAACAUCCAAAAAAAGACACAAGAAUGAGAAGACAACAUCAGCUAGAAGCACAGAGCGAACACAAAGUGAGAAAAGUAACACUGAGAGCACAGCAUCAAGUGGAGGCACUGACCCACCACCAAAUAAGAAACAUAGGAAGGCAUCAGGCGGUACCCAGGAUGACGAUAACCCUUUCAAGUGCGACCGGUGCGGUAAAGUGACGACCAAUUUCAAAAACUACAAGUUUCAUAUGAAAUCCCACACUGUUGAAAAGAAAUACAAAUGUGACACUUGCGGGUUAAUGUUCAGGGAGAGUUGGGAUUUGAACAAACAUACGAUAGUUCACUCUGCUGAGAAGCCUUUCAAAUGCAAGGUUUGCGGGAAUGGAUUUAACCGCCGUUAUAAUCUCGACCUGCAUCUCCGCGUUCACUCUGGGGAAAAGCCGUACAAAUGCAACACCUGUGACAAAAGCUUCAGCGCAUUAGUGAAUAUGAAGAAGCACAUGAGAAUUCACACAGGUGAGAAGCCUUACACCUGCAGCGACUGCGGGAAAGAGUUUGCAGAUUCGUCGUCUUUCAAAAAUCAUCAGCGGGUGCACACGGGGGAAAAGCCCUUCAAGUGUUCCUUUUGCAAGAGAAGAUUUGCGACCAGGACGACUUUGAGAAGGCACACCAGAACACACACAGGCGAAAAGCCCUACACGUGCGAUGUGUGUCACAGAGCAUUUAGUUAUAGAACGGACCUGAAAGGACACAUGAGGACACAUACUGGGGAGAAGCCUUACAAAUGCAGUACUUGUGAAGAGAAGUUCUCCACUUGGACAAAACUCAACAAACACAAGAAUGUACACACAAGUGAUGCACAAAGCUCCACUGCUGAAAAGCCUGUGUGCAUUUGAUAUACCAUGCUUAUGAUAAAAGUUGAUGAAUUGCACUACAAGUAAUAGUGCACUAUCAAGUAGAGUUGCUACUGCUAUUUUGACAUUUUAUGUUAAAGAGCACCCCACUGAUUUACGAUUGCACAUAACUGUCGUACUCAUAGUUGACCGUUAAAAAGAAAAAAUUAUAUAUAUAUACUGUAUAUACUCAGCAACAAAAGAAACAUACUGUCACUUUCAAGUGCUUUUAUAUUAUAAGCAAACUUAACAUAUGCAAAUAUUUGCAUGAACAUUAAAAGAUUUAACAACUAAGACAUAAACUGAACAAUUUUCACAGACGUCACUAACAGAAAUGGAAUAAUCUGUCCCUGAACAAAGGGGGGGGGGUAAAAAUCAAAAGUAGCCCUCAGUAUCUGGUGUGGCCACCAGCUGCAUUAAGUACUGCAGUGCAUCUCCUCCUCAUGUACUGCACCAGACUGACUGGCCAGUUCUUGCGGUUGUUUUUGCCAUCCUGUAGGUGUGAUAUUCGGAUGUACUGAUGCAGGUGUUGUUACACGUGGUCUGCCACUGCGAGGACGAUCAGCUGUGCUUCCUGUCUCUCUGUAGCGCUGUCUUAGGCAUCUCACAGUAGGGACAUUGCAAUGUAUUGCCCUGGCCACAUCUGCUGUCAUCAUGCCUCCUUGCACCAUGCCUCCUUGCACAAUGCCUCCUUGCACCAUGCCCAAGGCACGCUCACGCAGAUUAGCAUGGAUCCUGGGCAUCUUUCUUUUGGUGUUUUUCAGAGUCAGUAGAAAGGUCUCUUUACUUUCCUAAUUUUCUUUUAACUGUGACCUUAAUUGCCUACCGCCCUUAAGCUGUUAUUGUCUUUUCGACCGUUCAACAGGUGCAUGUUCAUUAAUUGUUUAUGGUUCAUUGAACAAGCAUGGAAAACAUUGUUUAAACCCUUUACAAUUUACAAAGUUAUUUAGAUUUUUACAAAAGUAUCUUUAAAAUACAGUGUCCUGAAAAAGGGGCGUUUCUUUUUUUGCAGAGUUAUAUACGUAUAUAAAAAUCGAUGUAGCAGAACCAGAAAUAUUGUUUCAAUAUAUACAUUCUAGACAAUCUGGCGCCUACAUUAUCCACAAUGCAACACAAUUGCAGUUGGGUCAACAGUUGCCUUGAGCCUUGAGCCACUAGCCUAAGUCGGAGAUGAGGAAUGGGCUACCUCACCCCCAGAUUUUUUUGUAGAAUUUUCUUUGUAGUCUUCAAAGCUUACUGAUGCUGAGACAACAUAUCAGCUCCCUCUGGAGCCACAGAAGGCUUUGUCACGCCUCCCGCAUUCACUAGGUGUUGCAGGUUCAUCCUGUCAUUCUUAUAUGUCUAAAUAGAAUAUUACAACUUUUUCCACAUGUGUAUUUGUAUUCCCCAAGACCUGUAUACAGACUUUGUAAAGUCAGUGGAGUUCCCCUUUCAUUUUUUUUUCUCAUUUUUUUUCAUUUUUAUAACUCCUUUAUUAACGCCUUUAUUGUAAAUAAAACCAUAAUGCCUUGUUUUUGCUGAGUUAAGUGUUUUAGCUCGGGUCUGACUGAUGAAAUACAAUCCAGAAAGGUUGUUGAAUAAAUGAUUUAUGAGUUUGAAGUCUUAUCCGGUGCCAAAACACUGUACAAUCAUUUUAUUGACAAUCAUGACUGUUUUUUAUACCUUUUUUGUUGAUCUCGCAUGUAUUUGACUGGCCAACAUGGUUCUUUGCGGGAUAAAGUUGCAGUUGUGUUACAGCAAAGUUUGAUUCAGCUUUAUCUUUUUUUGAGUGGUCUCAAUGAAAUGACUGCUGGAAGUGCUAAUGUCUGUCUGAAUACAGCCUUAUAUCUGGCAGUCUGAUGAUAGUGAAAAUGAAUUCUGUAUGUCACCGCGGUAACUUCGGAAGGCUUCAUUUUAAGCAAAUGCAUGUUGUUGAUUAUGUUUUUCGGUGUCCAGUAUUUAACAAAAGUCUGAAUUGUGGGAAUCUUGUUCAAUCUUAAUCCAAUUUAUCAUUGUUUUAAGCAGAGUUCAUAUAAUUGAUUGUAUUGGGAAAAUGAGGAAAAGAAACAUUUUGUCUUUGUUGUGUAAAUGCCUUGACUUUUAUGUACUUUAGCCUUUCAUUUUUAAACUGCAGCCUACUUCUCUAGUCUACAGUACAGCACGCUUGUUCUGUAAAACUUACUAAGUGAAUGUAUUUGAAACGUUUUACUUUAUCAAUUUUUUAAUACAUUUAAUAAAUUGUAAUUAUUUUCCUUAAA